CUGGUACGCAGUCGGUUCGUAGCGCCAGUCGUGUAACGUGGGCAAUGCGGACUCGCGCGCAAAUGGCGUCGCAGUGCCAUCAUGAGCGAGAGUGUGUCGUGCAGUAACGCGAACGGGCCGCGUCCGGGCGCGGUGCCUCGCGGCCCAGCCUGACGGCGAACGUGCGGAAACGAUCUUGACGAGUGAGGUUACGAGGGAGGAGGAUAAUUUCCGGCCGCGAAGCCGCUGUUCUGGAAGCCACAUCGACGACGGAUAAGAGCGACGCGAAAGAGUGCUAACAGGAAUUGUGAAAUAGAUCCAGAAGAGGAUCGAAGAUGCAGGCGGAAUUGAUUUAUCGGAAGCCGCCGAUGACGAGCCAGGGCGGUUUUCAUCGUCCUGGCAACGACAAUAAACGGGAAAAAAACGGCGGACGGGACUCGCGCGAGACGAUACACUCGGGCCACUUUAUGAUAUCGGACUUCGAGGCUGAGGCUCAGGACGAUGAGGACGAUCUUGCCGUGCCGGUGCCGGAUCAAGAGGAGACGCAGACCACGAAGUUCCCGAUCGCCGGACCGCUUGGCUUUUUUCACGACAGAUUCGCGAAUAGCGGCCUGUACAUGAGGAGCUCUUCCCAGCAGUUGAGCAUCGAAACGUCCUUGAACAAGCUUUUCCAGUGCAUGUCUCUUGCCUACAGACAGAAGCUGACAUCGCCCAAGUGGAAUCGCUUUAAAGGUAUCAGAUUGAGAUGGAAGGACAAGAUCAGAUUAAAUAACGUGAUCUGGAGAUGCUGGCACAUGCAAUUUAUAUUGAAGCAAAAUACGCUGGUAUGCCAAUUUGCGUCGCCACUUGACGUUGAUACUCAUAAUAAACCCGAGGCGGUGGUCUUAGAGGGAAAAUACUGGAAACGAAAGCUUGCAGCCGUUACAGCCGAAUACAAGAAAUGGCGUAUGUUCUACCGAAACAAGAUCCUUGGCUGGACGAGCAAAGAUGGUACAGAGAUGAUGGAAUCAAUGGACAUGUUAGAUUGGGGCAAUGGAGGCGGAACCACCGGUAACUUUGGAAUGAGUAUAGGAAAUGUAUUCGGUGGUACCAGUGGAACCCCAGGCGGAGAGAGUAUGAUGGUUGAUGAGGAUUAUAUGGAAUUGAUGACUGACACUCUCUUCUCGACCAUCAGUUCAAAUCAACCAAUAUACUUCCCCGAUCCUAGAGAAAUAGCACGUGGUGCCAGUUUAGCGGACUUCAUGCAACCUAGUCUAUGUCCUUUACAACCAACUCUGGAUGAUUUUAUGGACACCUUAGAACCAUUGCAAGAAUUCCUAAACUCGAAAUUGCCUCCUGUACCUGAGGAGGAUGAUAUGUUUCGGAAUAACAGUUUAAGCACUAAUUAUUCUGAUCUGGACCUGAUGACACCAAUUAAUCAGAUGAACGAAAUAGGCGAGGAUCCAACGACGAUAAAGAACGAACAGGCUUCGCAACAGCAACUAUCACAAGAAGAGCAAGAGGCUAGCAUGCAGAAUCUCCAAUAUACCGCUAAAAUAUAUACUCAGCCCCAAGCUGAUUCAGCAAGUGUAUAUAGGAAUAGCAUAACUAUGAAUGAAAGUUACAAUACUAUCCAGCCAAACUUCGAGUCUACUACGACGAGUCAAUCCUCACGAGAAAAGAAUAGAAAUAGUAGGACGACAUCGUCGAGAAAUAAUCGUAUGAUACAGCAAUCCCAACAGCAACAACAGAAUACGUAUCAAGCAACGAGCGCACGGCAACAAAAUUCAGGAUUCCAACCGCAGUCGCAGCAACCACAAUCUUAUGCGAUGGAAAUUCAGACAGUGCAAUUAACACCGGUACCAAAUCAACCACAAUCAGUGCAGAUCAGUACGGCGCUAAAUGAUCAAUCGGUGACAGUUAACAAUCAGAUAUCCUCAAUUGCUGCUGCCACCGUGCAGAAUCUAGUGACAGUACAACAUAAUUUCGCCACGCAACCCGGCAAUUCAUCGUUGCAGACACAGCAUCCAGCAAUAAGGCCUUUACCGACUACGCCUCCGAUGUCCAGCAAGCCUUACAAGAUCGUUCAGCCACAGCAGCAGUGUUACAAGUUUCCGAACCUCGUACAAAACCUCAAUGCUCAACAGUGUAAAUUUAGCACUAAUAGCUUCAAGACACAUCCGACGCAACAAGUAGUAUCAGUUUCUUCGACGGAGCAACCGUCACAGUCGCCAAUAUUGCUACAGUGUAGAUCUACCGGUUUGGAUCUUACUGCGCCCGCUCUGCAUCCAACUAAACUGCUACCUCAACCGACAACGUCCAACGCGGAGAAAGAAGAGAUUUUUGCUGUACCCAAGUAUCAAAUGAAAGGAAGAAAUAGAUCACGAAGCAGCUCAUCUUUAACAGCACCCAGGAUACAUCCACCACCACUGGUAUCCGCAGUGAGCGAUCCUGCUCUGAAUCUGAACAACAAUGUCUUACUUGCACAUUUGCUCACAAAUAAAAUAACGCAAGUGACGACUGCGCAACAUAUCACGACCCCGGUGACUGUUCAAACAAUGCAGACAUCUAGCAUACAGCAGCCGACGCAAACGCAACAACAGGCAAUGCAACCAUCUACAACUCAACAGAUCCUUUUAAACACUAAUAACCAAACACACCAGUCUCAAAAUAGUCCUGGUUCACCCAAAGAUAGCAGUUCUAAUGCACACAGCCCUCAAGCUUUAAGCCUUAGUCCUUUGCAUAGUCCUAUGAGUAUAGGUAGUCCCUUAUCGCCUACUCGCGGAUAUAUGAAAGGUGACUCAGAAAGAGGACAAUAUAAGGAGCAAAGACGUGUUGGCCAUAUUCAUGCGGAACAGAAACGUAGAUAUAAUAUCAAGAACGGUUUUGAUAUGUUGCACAGUUUGAUACCGCAACUCAGUCAAAAUUCAAACGCGAAAUUGAGUAAAGCCGCAAUGCUGCAGAAAGGAGCGGAUUACAUCCGACAACUUAGAGCGGAGAGAAAUCAAUUGAAGGAGGAAAUGGAUAGCCUGAGACAUCAGAUUGAGUGCCUUAAUACAUCUAUUAGUAAUUGUCAAUCUAUGCUUCCUGCAACGGGUGCUCCAGUUUCUAGACAUAGAACCAGCAAAAUGAAAGAGAUGUUUGAUGAAUACGUACGUACGCGCACACGAGAAAAUUGGAAAUUCUGGAUUUUCAGUGCAUUGUUGGAACCAUUGAUGUUGUCCUUCAAUGCUUCAGUUUCGACUGCGAGUAUUGAAGAUUUAUAUAGAAGUACAAUAAUGUGGGUAGAGCAACACUGCUCACUCGUCGAUCUCAGACCAGCUGUUCUGAAUUCUCUAAGGAAUUUGUGUACUGCCACUGAUAUUUUAUCAGAUCCGGCCCGCCUACCUGAGGAAGCACUCGCGGCAGUUAAUCGGACGGAACGUCGACGAUCCACGCAGUGAUCAAGUGCGCAAAUUCUUGUUACAAUCUGUUUGUAUAAAAAUGUUCAAGGUUUAGAUAUAUAUAUAUGAAUGUAAGGGAUGACAGUUACCGUAUAACUUAAAUUAUAGUUAUGCAAAACAAAUAAUAACAAAAGUUUGUUACUUGAUAACAGAAUUGCAAACAAAGAAAUAAGAAUAAGUGCAAUUCCUCUUUUUAUUGCGAUAUCAUAUUGAAAUCAUAAAAUUUAUUUUAGAAUAUAUAAAAUGUUUUAUAUAUAAAUUUGAAUAAAAUAUAUAUACAUACAUAUAUAUGUAUAUAUGUAUGUAUUACACAGUACAUUAUACUGGAAUAUAUACUGAUGACGUUGAUAUAUAGCACAAUUAUGUAUAACUAUUUUUGGUAAGAAAAAAAACAUUUUGUGUAUUUUCUCUCAUAAUUAUUUUGGAUAAUAAUUUCUAGAGUUGCAUAAAAAAUGUGUUUCUAAUAAUAAACAAUUUUUCAAUAUCAUCUAUAAAAUAUUUACUUGCAGUAGAAAGAAAACUACUUACACAUUUAUAUCCCCAAUUGUCCAAUAAUUAAUGGUAAAUAAGUGAUAAUUAUACAGGAUAAAUAUUUACACUAUAAAUUUUUAUAUUAUGAAGAAACUCGUUCGAUUGCUUUACGAAAUAUCCAGCUAAAAAAUAUGAUUAUUAAAGUGAAAAUUUAAAAUUUUUGCUGUGAUGAGAUAAUUGGGGGGGAAGAUUUUAAAAUUAAUAAUUAUAUAUCUUUUUUAAAAUUGCUAUACGAAUAUAUAUUAUAUAAUAUACAUAUAUUAAUUAUGUAAUAUAUAUCAAACAAUUGAUUAAAAAUUAUAUAUAUAGUAAUAAUUAUUAAUCACUGCAAAUUAUACCAUGAACAAAUAGUUUAGAUUCAAUCCAUUUCUUUGAGAAAUUUUCAAUGAAAAUUAAAUAACACAUUAAAAACAUAAAAUUAGUGUCACUAUCAUUGAUAGACUGCAAUUCAAGAUAAUCCAAUAGUUAAGAAAUUUUUGAAAAAUAAUUUAAAAAGGAGAGAUACAUAAGUAAUUUUUUAAAUAUGAAUUAUUAAUUACUUAAUAGAUAUAUUACUAUUAUAUUCUAAAAUUAAGCGAAAAGGAAUGAUAUAUUUUAUAUAGAAUGAUGAUUAUAUGGACGAUAUAAAAAGGGGGUUGCUCACAAAUUACGUUUGCACUGUUAUGUAAUAUGAGAUCUUUUUAUUAUGGAAAUUCAUGAUGUACAAAUUACUUACAAAAAAUUUGAACCGAAUAUUAGUUUAAGUUACAAAGGAGGCUUCUACAUAUUGUAAUAUUUUUCGUUAAUGUAAAAUAUAUAUAGUCAAAUUUAUAACAUUCGAGAUAAAAAACAAAAUAGUUAAUAGUAUAACAGCUAAAUAUUUUAAUUUCAUUGUGUAUUUUAUUUGCUGUACUUUAUAAUAUCUAAAGUAAAAUCCUAUUUAUUUUAAUAUUACGUGACAUGAUUUUUUUCUUUUUUUUACAAAAUGCAAUAUAUAGAAGCCCUCCCAUACAGACAAACACACAUUGUAUAUGUACAUGAUAAGUGAUAAAUAAUGAACUCGUCGAAAAGGGAUGUUUUUUUGUACAAUAUGUAUCAUAAAGAUUUACAUGUGUUAUUAUUCCAAUGUUAUAACAACAUGCAGAAAUCUGAACUAUUGUAUUUUAUUUUUUCUAUGCCUGUAUCAUAUUCAUCACUUUUAACUGUUAUAAAUAACAAGUAAUUUUAUA